AUGCAACAAACUAUUGAAAAUUAUCAUAAAUAAUUGUCUUUUUAUACAGACUCAUUUUAUGAUGUUGAAAUUUAUUAGAAUGUCAAUAAUAAUUUAGAAUAAAGACUAACUUAUUAUCAUUUACAAAAAUUAUAAAAAUAGUAGUUAAUCAAAUUAAUUAAAUUAGAAGAUAGAACAUAUCCUAUCUACUUUAAAUUAUAAUCUUCUUUUGAAUAAUAUCAUAAUAAAGAUUCAUCUUUAGAUGAGACUUUUAACAUGAAAAAUUAUAAUAAUUAUUUCAACAUCUUUCCCAUUUAUAAUUGUAUUAGAUUAAACAUUGUCUUAAAUAGAUAUAAGGUAUGA